UUGAUAAUUUUUUAAAAUUAAGUUUUAACGUAUUUAUUUAGUAAUUUAUUCGUUUAAAAUAGUUGCAAAGUGCUUAACAAAGAUACCACAACGUUUUGCUUUAUAUUUUAUGUACUUUCGUGUGCGCGCUUUGUGUGAAAAUGUGAAAAACAUUGCCAAAGUGUUUCUCAACAGCAGUGAAUAUAACUGUUGUGUGCAUCAACAGUGACGACAAAUGUGUGACGCUGUGUGUGUGUGCGUGUGCAUGUAUGCUGAAAGAAAAACAACACAAAUUGGGAAAAAAUCAAACCGAGAAGAAACAGAAACAGCCAAAUAUAUAUGAAUAUAUAAAGAUUGAUGUAAAGUAUAGCGGCAACAAGACAGCAUAACUAAUGUACGGCGUAAAAAUGCUGCAGCUACUGCUAGUACGGCUGAAAAAAUGACCGAUGAGCGCAACGGUAACGGCAAUAAGAGCAACAUCCACAGCAGCAACAGCAGUCCGACGAGCAUUGCCAGCACCAGCCACAACAACAACAGUAGUAGCGGUAACAGUACAAGCGGCAGCAGCAACAACAACAACGAGCUCUUAAUUGCAGAGGCGGCUGCAAAGUUUUUACUCAAAAAUGGUAUAAACGGCACAAACACAGCAGCAGCAGCAGCAGCGGCAGCAACACUGCUAACAGCAGCUGCAGCUGCUGCCACAUUUCAACUGCCCGCCGCACCAGAGCUGAAGCCAACAUCAGCAGCAGCACCGACAGCAACAGCAACAACUUUAACUACGUCGCCAUCAGCAGCAACAUCCAAUGGCACCACGCCCACAUUAUCAUCGAUUAAAACUAACAGCAGCAGCAACAGUAGCAGCUCAAGUCUCACUAUGGCGACGGCCUCUGCUACGGCGCUCCUUGCCACCGCUGCCGGCGUUGCAGCUCCAAAGGCAACCGCCGAUGUUAUGGCCGGUGUACUGGACUAUAGCGCACUGAAUGGGCCCAGUGCCACCGCCACAAAGAGCAGCAAAUUUGGCGGUGCAGGCAACGGAAGCAGUAGCUUUGAUAUGGGCAGGCAUCCGAUAUCAACGCACAGCAACAAUAGCAUGUCCGGCUGUGGAGGACGGCUGCAGUUUUUUAAAGAUGGUAAAUUUAUAUUGGAAUUGGCACGUGCUAAGGACGGCGAUAAGAAUGGUUGGGUAUCAGUGCCGCGCAAGCCAUUUCGUACUCCAUCGGCAGCGACAUCGGCUACGGUAACGCCCACGUCGGCAGUAACAACAACGUAUCCAAAGAACGAGAAUUCCACAUCGUUAAGCUUUUCGGAUGACAAUAGCUCCAUACAGUCAUCGCCUUGGCAGCGUGACCAACCCUGGAAGCAGACGCGACCGCGUCGUGGAAUCUCCAAAGAAUUGUCGCUCUACUACCAGCGUCCCAGGUACAAUGUGCUUAGCCACAGUGCGCGACAGGCUGCGAUGCGUAAGCGACGUCGUCCGUACGAGCCAACGCUCGCUAGCGAGGAUCAUCAUUCGAUCUUUGAGCGUGUUUCCACGCACGAAAACGGCGAUGAGACGCUAAAGGCUAUAGAAGCUGAUGCAAAAGCGGCGGAAAAACAGUCGGAUGAGAUUAAAGCAGUAGCGAUCAAAGAGGAGCUGAAUGAGGUCAAGACAGAGUCGGAAUCAAAGGCAUGUUCCAAUGCAAAUAAUGAUUCGAAUAAUGAUGCAGUUAAAGUGGAGGCAACCAUGGAGAAAAUGAACACAAGCGAAGAUGAGGAUGCUAUGUCGGUGACAGUGGACGACGUGACAGCCCCAACGAGCGAUAGCUUGGUAAACGGCAAUGCGAGUGAACUGAAUGGCGAUCUCAAGGCCCACACCAAGUGUGAGGCAGGCAGCGAGAUUGACACAAGGACAUCAGCAGCAUCGACAUCAACGACGAAGACGACAGAAAUAAGACUUAAAAAGCAGAAACCCAGAGCUAAGCUCAAUAGCAUCAUACAGAAACUAAUUGAUGGCGUGCCUGCGCGCCUCGAGCAAUUGUCAAAGACACCAGCGACGGCGGCAACAGCAUCAGCAAUGGCGUCAACAGCAGAGCGCAGCAGCAGCAACAGCAGCGGUGGCGGAGCCAUCGGUAGUCUAAGUCACUCCUUGGCGCACAAGGUCUCGCCGCCAUCGUCGGCAGCGGCUGCCAGCCGUCUAGUCGAAUAUCAUCAUCAGCAUGUGUCUCCGCGCAAGCGAAUAUUGCGUGAAUUCGAGAAGGUAUCGCUGGAGGAUAACAAUGGCUGCGUGAAUAAUGGCAGUGGGGUAGCUGGAGGCAGUAGCGGCGGCGCCGGUGGUAAGCGUAGCCGCGCCAAAGGCAGUUCAACAACCGGCGCAGUAGCCAAUAAGUCGAUGCCCAUGAAUCUGGCGCCGCCACAGGCCAAAGCGCUGACCACGGCCACAACUACAACAACGGCAGUAGCAGCAGUAGCUGCCCCAACGCAGCCAACCCGACUGAAUAGCUCCUAUAGCAUACACUCGCUGCUGGGCGGCAGCGGUAGCAGCUCCUCCUCGAAGAAGAGCCACGAUCAGCCGGCCACAAUAAUCAGCAAUGUGCAUCAUCCGCAUCAUCAUUCAUUGUACGCAAGCUCCGCAAGCUAUCCACGCGCGCUGCUUAACUCGCCCAAGUCACCGGAAAUGGGCAGCAGCAACGGCGGCAAGUCACCGUCACAUGCGGUCAGCAAGAAGCAACGUUCGCCGCCUUAUGCCGCUGCAGGAUCGCCGCUGCCAAUUGACUAUGGACGACGCACGCCCCCAGACAGCUAUAAGUUGGCACAGGCGCAUGCACAGCAUCUACAGCAUCAUUCCUUCUAUGCGCCUUAUGUAGGCGCCGCUGUUUCGCCGCACAUUCCACAGGCAGGCGGCGGCACACGUGAUCUGCUAUCGCCACCGCGGUCAUCGAGCGCUUCGCCACGUGAGCCUUCCGCCACUGCCAAUACGCCGCACCGCACUGUGCCCAAGAAGACUGCAUCGAUACGACGCGAAUUCGCCUCACCAACGGCCAGCAAUAGCAAUAGCAGCAGCACAGCGAAUAGUUGCCCCUCGCCAGGCGAGCGCAGCACAUCGUCGCCGGAACGGCGGCAUCUUCAACUGCAGCGUGGCUCGCCUAGCGCUGCUGCGGCUGCAGCUGCUGGUUCGCCCUUGCACUAUUACAUGUAUCCGCCGACGCAGCUGAAUGGAAGCGGCACGGCUAGUCCGCAUGGAAUAGCACCUAAUGCAACACCUACAACAAGCAGUGCAGCAGUGGCCGCUGCUGCUGCGGCUGCUGCAGCUGCAUACAUUCCAUCGGUAGUCUCGCCCUCCCUCUACCAUCCGUACAUAUCGACGCUUGCCGCGCUGCGUCAUAAUCCGCUGUGGGUGCAGCAUUAUCAGGCGGGUGCGUCGCCAUUGCUGCCACCACCGCCACCACAUCCACAUUCGCACCCACAGACGAGUACCGCGGUCGGAGCGCGAUUAUCGCCACAAUCGCCGUAUCAUCCUUUUGGCUACAAUAAUGUGAAUGCGGCUGCUGUGGCCGCCGCAGCGGCUGCAGCAGCCUCUGCUUUUGGGCAGCCAACAUCGAAUCCGCAUCUAGGACAUCCAACGCAUCCAGCGGCGAUAGCACAUCAUAAUACGCCGCCUACACAUUUGGCCGAGCACAGAACGCACAUGCCAAAACUGACUGAUAUUUGUACUGACCAAAUGUCUGCAGCGUCCAGUCAUCGCACCACCGUCUCCAGCUCAUCGGGCAGCUCUAGUGCGUCCGUAACGUCUGCAGGUGCAGCGCACGGUGGCGGUGUCAGCAGCGGCCCCGACUCAGUACAAUCCGCAAUGUUUCAAAAUAGUAGUCUAAGGAAUGAACUAAGUUCAGACUUACCACUGAAUCUGUCAAAACACUGAGACAUACGUGCCCCCACACCAGCAUUCCCCAUGGCCCCUUCCAUCCCAGCUGCUUCAGUGUCUGUGGGCAACCCCUCGAGUUAAGUACAUUAUUGCACUAGUAGCGCUUAAGACGACAUUCAAACCACACUACACACAUAAAAUUAUUUCAUAAGUUAGCUGAUAUUUAUUAGUUGUAACUCAAUUGUAUUGCAUUAAGUUAGCUAGGGUUUAUUCUAAGGCCGAGAGACAAUUUAAAAAACAACAACAACAACAAAAAAAUAGGAAA